UUUUACUACGAUUUGUUGUGAUUUGUGCAUGUGUGUCAGAAUUUGUAAACAAACCGAUAUUUCUGAGGGUCUGCGAAGCCGUUUCAACAAAAUCAAGUUAAUGUUUGAAAGAUCUCACCACCGGGAACCCAUACCAUGCCGCCAAGAGGAAAAACCCCUAAAAGAAUUGGGCGUUCACACAUGUCACAAUUACAUACCCCAAUAUCAGCAGCAAGGAAGACACCAUCUGAUAGGUCGGCAUCCAAGCAAUUAGAGGAUGAUGCCAAUGGAUCUCCUGAGGCCUUCAAAACUCCAAAGAUCCCUAAAAGAUCAACCAGGGUCACCAAAACACCAGGAUGGUUCUCGCCUUCUGAGGACACAUUCAAAGUGCCUUCACCAUGUCAAAACAGACGCGUUACUCGAAGGUCAACAGUGUUCAACAUACCAGAGUUUUCCAGCUUCAUUCCCAUGGAACUUUCACCUCGCCGAACACGUCGGUCUUCUGUCUACCAGAAGAAGGUUGAAGCACCAAAAGAGCAGAUGGUGAAAUCUGCAGCUAGCCGUCGUUCCUCCAUGAUGCCACCCAAAGUUAAACCGCCAGUGUCAACUCGACAAAGAUCUGUCUAUAAGAAGAAGGUUAAUGAAAGAAUUGCUGAUAAUCUUACAGACACAAAGAUAGUCAAACCUAGCAGCAGACCACCAAGACCCACUAAACAAGCUCAGUUCAGUCCUAUAAAGACACGUCGUCAGUCCAUGCUGCCCAAAGCCAUGAACACUCAACCUGUAAAACCAGUGGUUGCGCCAAGAAAGAAAGUUAUUGAGGCGCCAGGUAAUGCUUCAAAGGGUUCUGUGGUUGCACAGAAUGCUGUGCCUGCUAAGGUUGGUUCUGUUCAAAGAGCUACAAUGUCUUCUGCUGCUAAAGCUAAGCAAAAAAGUAAAUCUCCAGCUGUCGUGAAGAGAGCUAGUUCCACUACGUCUCUGAAACCUCGCACUGUAAAAAGAACAGCAGAGUCUGAGGAGACUGUAUUUGUGAAAGAUCUGGUUAGUCUGUCACCUAAAAUAUCUAAGAACAGUCCAAAUGCUACGCUCCACAAAAUAUCGUCCGAUAUUGUCUUGUCACCUAGAGGAGCAAGAACAAAAACGGCAUCAAGAUCUGCCACAAACAUGGAUUUGGUACGUGUGAGUGUAAAGAAGACAUUGACCCAGUCGUCUGUCCCACAAGGUUCUGAGGAGCGAGCUCAAACGCCCAAGACACUCGAGUCCAUGGCCCCCAAUGCCUUAGGCAACACUUCAGACCAACUCCAAACUUCAACAGUAAACAUAAAAGCUCCAGUUGAAAAGACUCCCAGAGAUUCGUUGGUCAGUAAUGAACUCGGCACUUCCGUAGUUUCGGAAAUGGUAUCCCAGUCGAAGUCAAAGACAUCAAGUCAGACGCCUUCAAGAAUCCAGCUGACUAAAACACCAUCUACCACAAGAAAGAAUGCUGCAGCAGGUGCCGACCUUACUGAGGCACCCUCUUGCAUCAGAAAGAGAAGAUCAGCAGAGAAGACUCCAUCGCCAUGUAAUGUAGCUAAGAAGGCUAAAAUGGAUACCUCUGUGUAUGCCACACCUAGUAUGGAAUCCCCACGUGUGCUGUUGAGGAAAAAAGUUAAAUCCCAGAUUGAGCUAUUGACUUCGGACACCCCGGAAUUCCUGACGCCAGUUGGUGGCAAUCACAUGAAGGCAGCAUAUAGAAAAUGUACCCCAAUGAGACCAGGCAUGCAAAACUCCCUCAAGUUGAAAACGGUGCAGUCCUCUCCGAGUUUUAACAAGAAGGAAACAAUGGGUAUCCGUCCGUCUGUGACAAGAAAGACACGCCUUGCCACGAAGCAGAUGUUGGAUCGGCCUGUCAUUGAAACUACGGUUGCUAUGAUUGACGGCGGAGAUAUACUCAAAUCCGAAGAGUUUAACAAAUCGGAUGGUUUGGAUUUUGUUGAUGUCGCGCAGAUUAAAGAACCGCAUGAACUUGACUUAGUCAAGACUGUUGAGGAAACAAAUCAAGUCAAUAGUGGUAAAUGCACUAUUCUCUAGAGGCAUUACCCUGAUAUAUUAUUGUAAAACAAGAUAGUGAUUUUGAAUAAGCAUGGUAUUCAUUAAGAAUCAAAGCAACUCUUACGAACAAUGCCGAUAAAUUAGCAUUGGUCAUUUGUUGUAAUCCUAAGUCGUGACAACUCACUAACUACCAUAUCGGCCGUUACAACUGAAUCACAUCUUGUGCACAAUGCACGAAGCUUUUCAGAAUGUAGACAACAGCAUUGACCAUUGUAAGACGAAGAAUAUUUUGCUAUUAAGGUGUAUUUUGGCAAUUUUGUCGUCGAUGUUGUUACAGAUUGAUCUGUUCGGACUUUUUUUUUUGGCGCUUUGGGUGGUGGCAAUAAUGUGCUAGCAAUAGAAGUUAGAAACGGGAAUGAGUCUCCCAACAACCAGCAAACGAAAAGGCAGCAUUUUGUAAAUAGUUAUAAUCAACUGAGAAAUACAUGUAUGAAUGUCGUGAGUUGUAUAGAUUUCAGCUUGUCUGAUUAUUUCCUCUUUAUUUCACAAGGGACUGCUGUGGCCGAAGGAGCAUUUAUUCCUUUAUUUCCAUCCUUCAAGGACAAUGAGGCGAAACUGUGGCAGUGCCAUUUUGGCCUGGGCAGUCACUUGUGAAAUGGGAAGCCAGUUGUUCAGUUAUUUGUCACUCGACUUGUGUAUAAGUACAUUUUUUGUGGUAUCGCUUACCAUUUGGUUUCUGUUACUUUGUAAUUUAUCCUGUUUCUCAGAUAAUGUUUUGACCCUGUUCCCGAGCAACUUGCAUUUAUACUUUGUCACAUUUUUUUUAAAAUUCAGAACUGUUGUGCAAUAUCAAUGGCAAUGUAUGAAGAUCUGAUCUGGUGAUCAGAGAUGUUUUGUUGGAUGUGCAUGUAUUAGUACUAUCAAGUUUUUACACUGCCAUGAUUUAUGUUGUUCAGCUCGUUGAACCAAUAGUAAUUCACCAACGUGUAUUAUACAUGUAAUUUUGUAUGCAAGGGUAACGUAAUAUUAUUGCAAAAAAUAUUAAUUUUAAUAUAAACAAUGGCCUUCAAAAUGGUACAAAGACCUUUUUACCAACUGUUAGUACACACUGUGUAUAUUACACAUUACAAUGUACAUGUACAUGUCUUUUUAGGUGUUGAUUUGUUGUUGUAAACAUUGGUACAAAUUGUUGAAUGAAGUUACAGGAGUGCAAAUAAU